AUGAUCACCGCACCCACUGCGCCAUCGUUCCCUCGCGUGUCGCUCAACUGCGACAUGGGCGAGGGAUACUACCGCUGGCGCCUGGGACCCGAUGAACAGCUGUUCCCUUUGAUCGAGUACGCCAACAUUGCGUGUGGCCUGCACGCCGGCGACCAUGCCACGAUGCUUCGCAUGGUCCGUCUCGCCAAGCAGCACAACGUCGGGAUCGGCGCACACCCAGGUCUGGACGAUAUCAAGGGCUUUGGGAGGCGAAAGCUGGAUGUUACUGCCGAAGAAGUCUACUCGCUGGCGCUGUACCAGCUGGGCGCCCUCAAGGCCAUGGUCGAUGCCGAGGGAGCGGUCAUGAGCCAUGUCAAGCCCCAUGGCAUGCUGUACUUUAUCCUCCGGGACAGCGAGGAGCUGUGCCGCGCAUUCAUGAAAGCCCACAAAAGCCUGACUGGGAACGGCGAGCCGUUGCCGUACCUCGGUAUCGCAGGCAGCAACCAUGAGAAGGUCUGUGCCGAGAUGGGUGUCCCCUUCGUCCCUGAGGUCUUCGUCGACAUCGACUACGACCCCAAAGGCAACCUCCUUGGCGUUCCCCAGAGUAACCCGUGCACCACGGAGGGCAUCAAGGCCAAGGUCACAAGCCUGCUGACUACGCUGUCCACCACAGACAAAGAGGGCAACAAGUUGAAACUGCCGGGUACGGAACGUCACUAUACGAUCUGUCUCCACUCGGACAUGCCCACUGCGUUGCAGAAUGUCACUGCAGCUCGGGCGGCCAUUGAUGAGUGGAAGAGGGCGGGUGGAAAGUGA